AUGUCGACGAACACUGAAGCCGAACCAAAUAUAAAUCAGGCAGAAAGUGACUUCGUUGAUGCGUACGAAAGGAGUUCUGUCGAUAACACUGAAAUUAAUAAUCAUUUUGCGAAGAUUAUCGAAAUAUUAAAAACUAAAUCAACUCCACCGCCAAAUGAUUUAGUCAUAAAUUACGAAAUUCAAACAAAAGCAGACUUCACAACAAAAGGUAUUGAUAUAUUUCCAAAAUCUUGUUUUGUUGCAACAGUUUAUAUCGGAAGAUUUUUAAAUGAUUUAAGUUUAGUACUUGACAAUCUAAAUAAUAAAGAAUUCGAUGCAAAAGAAUACGCAGAAUUUGAAAAAUACAUGAAAGAAGAGCCAGAAUCAGAAGGUGAGAUCGUAAAAUACUCAAUUACUCUCAAGGCUGCAAUUGCUUUGUUCCUUAAAAAUGAGGAAUACGUCGAAAAAUAUUAUACAGCAGAUUUGCUAGAUUUUCUCGGAAAUACGCUCUUAGUUCAAAAUGUUUUAUGUCAAUCACGUAUAUUCCACAUCGUUCUUGAGGCUUAUGCAAAAAUUUUUGUAAAAAGAGCACUUGACGCCGCCAAAAAUCAAAUUCAUCAUUUUAAUGAGCAAAAAGUGAGCCAAAGACUAUCAAAUAAGGACGAACAACCAUACCAUAAUAUCCUUGUCUUCUUAAAAUUUGUUACAACGAUUGGUAAUUUUUGGCCUGGACCAGAUUACGCUGCAUUCUUCUACGAAAACGGUACAGAGUAUAUUCAUGACUCUAGAGAUUCUAUUACACCACCUCUUUUCUGCGGAAUCGUUGAUUGUCAUGCAAUGAUUUGCAGAACUAAGGAAUUGAUACGCAAAGACAUAAGUAGCAUAGCUUCAAACAGUUCAGAUAUUAUCAAUUUCCUUAACUUCAUCAAAUCUAUUCAUGGCCAUGCAUUGGAUUUAGGUUCAUGUGAUAUUGAAAGGAAAGCUUUGUCCGAUUUCGAUGCCGAAGGUAUGGAAUCAGUUCUAAAAUACCUUGCCGCUGUAGCCCGUGUAGAUCCAUCACAUUUCAAGGUUGAUAUUUACAAUAAUAAUAAUCAGGAUGCGAAUGAACAACAAUCUGCACUUUCCAAUGCGAUCAAACAAGAAGGAAAGUCAGUUGCCUCCAGUCUGAUUCAAAUAAUUUUGUCUUCUGUUCCGGCCACAUUAAAAGGCUGUUGCUUUGAGCUCCUCGCGGCCAUGCCAUCCGAAUACAAUACCGAAAUCUGGGCCCAAUUGAGUGCCAGCAAAAUUUUGACAUCCGAUAUCAUAAAAUCUGGCAAAGGAGGAAUCCUCACAGAAAUUAAUGACGUAGAAAACAAGGCCGGAAUUCAUCCUAUUACACGAAACUUCAUCAAAUGUCUUGCUUCUUUGCUCAAAAACGGAGCUCCGAACGAAGGAUUUGAAUUAUACCAUACAUUCCUAUUCAAAAUCGUUCUUGUGAACCACUCCAAUUGGACAUACAACAAUGCCAGUGAGAAAUGGGGUCUCUUGAGCGAUAUUGCCCAAUGUUGGACGAAUUUAUUAUUAUAUCAAGAGAAACAUUGCCAAUGCCUUAUGGAAUCCUUCGUCUGUGACCAAGAGCUCCUUAAGCACAUCAUAUAUUCCAUCAAUGAUGACGAUUGUCCGCUCGAAACUCUCUAUACUUGUUAUAGAUUGUUUUUAAUUGUGGCUGAGAAGCAUUCCUACAUGAAAUCCGAACUCAGUUCAUUAACAUUCACCACAGUAGAGGAACAAUUAGGCUGGAAUACCACUACAAUCAACAAAAUUUUGAGAUGUACUGCUUGUAUCGAUUCAGAUCUUCAAAGAGUGGCCAUCCACUUGUUACAAAAGAUAUGUCUGAAGUCACCCGAUGUAGCCCAAGUCAUUAUUUCGAAGCCAAUUUCAAGAGCAAUUGAUGUCAUCAAAUACGUCAUCGAAUACGACGAACCGGAAGACGAGGAUGAUGAUGUAUUGAAUAUUAGAUGCUCAAUGCUUACUUUCCUUUUGAGUUUGGGCAGCGAAUCUUAUUUCUUAAGACAUGUCACCGGAUUUUCUCUUCAUGACCCUCCUCUUUCUAUCAUACAGAGCUCACUGACUGAAGGAAUCCUUCCAACGAUCCUUGAAAAGCUCCACAACCACGAUACUCACAUGUCUUCACCGAAAUUCACUUCCCUUUCGCUCAGAUUGAUUCUUUUGUUGACAGAUUCGAAUCUUACAAUUGGUCCGACUUUGAAUUUGCUUCUCAGCUCCAAACACAACUUCUUUGUCGACCAAUUAGUCAUAUUAAGAGACAAAAGAUGCCAGUUGUCAACUGUUGGAUGCUAUUUGCAGCUUCUCGCAAGAGCUAGCUCACUUAACAAUGAAGCAAUCUUCUCAGGAGCCACUCAAACAGCAUUUAAUAAUUUAUUGACAACAAAUUCAGGAAAUCUCAACUCGAACAGGAUCAUAUUGCUCUUGGAGUUCAUCGAUAGGAUCAAGAGAGGUGAAGAUUCGUUGUUAAUUGCAAAUGGAGUCAAAGAAAUCGUUGUAAACUUCUUUGCAAACGAACAUGCAGUCAAAAUGAUGAAGCAAACAAGUAGUACAUGGUCAUUAUCAUGGUUAAUGUUCGUUACUGCUUGUUUAGAAGAUAUUCCAAAAUUAGAUAUCAAUUCCUCUGAACUUUUGGUAUCUGCUGCUGCAUCAAUCUCUAAUAAGAUCUUUGGAGAAAGAGUUUUCGAGAAUAUUGAUGAAGAAAGUAUAAGAAAAGUAUUCAAAUUAUCAUUAACUACUCUUAUUUAUUUGGUCGAUAAUAGGAAUGCUCCAUCACGUGCUGGAAUAUACUCCAUUAUCGAUUCCAUCCUUAAAUCCCUCAAAAACCAAAGUUCUAAGGAACCAUCUCAAAAUGAUGAGAAGAAUUCCCAACUUUUGACCAAGUACCAAGAAGAUUUCGCACCUUUCGAGAACGAUUUCAUCGAUACUUUAGAGAAAGACCUAAGAAACGAAAUUCCUAUUGUCGAGGCCGGAGCAAUUUCAGUUGCUGAAAGCCUGAUUCCUAUCUGUUCGCCUGCAUCAUUGCUUCCUCUGAUCAAAUCUUCUCUCUACGAGCUUGAAGAUGACUGGCAAUUGUUUAAUGAAGAUGAUAAAUCAGGAACAUUCGUUAUUAAGAGCAAAUGUUCGUUCUAUACACGUUACAUAUCACUAACAGAAAACAAAUAUUUGCUCAGAGUGUUCAUUGAAGAAGGAUUAGUCAAGAAAUUAAGUUUUGAAGACUAUUGGCGCAAUCCAGCUUCAAUAUUCAGUACAUGUACGACAUCAUCAUCUUCUGAAGCCAAAUUAAUCAUGGGAUCCUCAAUUCUCAAGCUUUUCUCCACAUUAAUGUCCGCAUUUGAGAAAAAUCAAGAUGUAAAGAGACACAUAACUCACUUCCUUACUGUUUAUAAGGAUGCCAUAUGCGCCGUAUUGAAUUUCGGUGGUGUUGUCACUUUAAUUGCAUUAGAGUUUUUGGCAGACAUCAUUCGCUUGGUUUCUGUUGUUCCUGGUCUUGAGAGAGCUGUAAAGAACCCAAUAAUCGAGAGAAUUCCAAAUGUUUUCAUGAAAUUUGCCAAUUUCGACAGUUGGAAAUCGGAUUUGAGGGAGAAUUCAGAGACAACAAUCAUCCUUGAUGAGAAUGUAGUACCACAAGAAUACGAAGAUAAGGCUAAGAAGGUCGUUCAGAAGUUAUUGAACAAUUGUAUCACAUUUUUAGUCAGAAGAACAGAAGCAACGAUGGUAUUCACACCUCCUUUGAAUGGCGAUGAGUGGCUUUCGAAGAAGAACAACAGAGAUGUCCCUCUUUCCGUUGUUACAUACUUUUGCAAACAGAUUCUCGAAGGAACACCAGAGCCAUACGCAAAAACAAUCUCGAGUAUGUGUCUCGUCAUCAUUUACAGACAUUUACUUGUUUGGAGCGGCGAAGGAGUCGAUUUUGAUGUUUCUACAGUUAGAAGUCAAGCGAAGAUCUUCUCUGAGAAUCCAUUCCCUGAUGCACAGAGCAAAGGAUAUGUGGAUGGAAAUAUCCUCAAGAAGAUUAUUGCUUUCCAUUCAACAAAUGGCAAAAUGUGA